GAUUUUGUUUGUUCCUCAAUUUCUCAAAAAUUCAACAAUCCAUCCAUCAAUUAUCACAGGAGUUCUCAAAGACACAAACUUUAUUUUCUUUUGAUUUGCUUUUGUGCAUUUCAUCAAUAUAGAAUCUUUUUCUGCAACAUAUUCUGAUCAUUGAAAAAUCACCGCAUUUCCUCAUUCCUAAACCCUGGGAAUCAAAGCAACAAUGGCCGAUCCGCAACCUAGUAUCACAUCCAUCCUGGCUGCUUUAGGUAUUUCUUUCCUACUGCUAUUGAUCAUAGAAUCCUGAAACUAACUUCCUUUCAGCAGCGCAGCGACCUAAUGCGACCCCUCCGCAAAAUCAGCAGCCUGCAUACCAGCCUCCCCCUCAACAACAGUCAAAUCCUUAUGGACAACCUGGUGGAUACUCUUUACCUCAACCUACAAACUCGGGCAGUGUUGAUCUCAGCAAUAUCAAACCAGUAAACUCUGGAACUGUUAGUAUUCAAGAUGCUAUCGCAAAAGCAAAGGUGAUUGCUGCUGAGAAGGGCGUCUCCUACGACAGAGCUCCAUCUUAUGGUGGACAGCACCAGCCCAUGCCUUCCGGUAGACCAUACAGUCCACGAUCAAGAUCCAGAUCUCCACAGCCAACACGUCGCGAUGCAUUCCGUGAUAAUUUCAACCCAUAUCGUGAUGAAAGACGAGGCCCACCUGGAAGAGAUUAUCGCGAACGUUCAUUUUCUCCCGGCGUACGAGGUAGAGGUCCUACUGAUGCUUUCCAACCUCCGCAUGGGGGCUCAAGUGGCUAUGUUCGUGAGCGCUCUCCAAUACGCGGUGGAGAGGAUAACGUCGAAUCAAUCUCGAUUGAAUCGAAUCUUGUAGGAUUGAUCAUUGGCAGACAAGGCGAGAACUUGAGAAGAGUGGAGUCGGAAACCGGCUGCAGAGUACAAUUCAUUACUGGUCCUGAUGAAACAGGUCCUUUCAGAACUUGCAAAAUCACUGGUCCUCGUGCUCGUAGAGCCGAUGCUAAGGCUGAGAUUACUCGUAUCAUCGAUGAUAGUGGUUUGGGCCCGCUUUCAGACCGAGCCCCAAGGCAAGAUAAUAACACCAGAGAUUCAUCACACCAACCAGCAUUGAGAGAUGGCGAGGAUAGUAUGCAAAUCAUGGUUCCGGAUAGAACAGUUGGUCUUAUUAUUGGUCGUGGUGGAGAGACGAUCAGGGAUCUUCAAGAGCGAAGUGGAUGCCAUGUCAAUAUCGUUGGUGAGCAGAAGAGUGUUAAUGGGCUUCGACCUGUCAACCUCAUAGGUACUCGAGAGGCUGCCGCCAUGGCCAAAGACCUAAUCAUGGAAAUUGUGGAAAGCGAUAGUAAGAGUGCACCAAAAGAACGCGCGCCCGCUCCAAGAGAGAACAACCGUGAUACGGGCUACGGUGGUGGUUAUGGUAGCGGCGGCGGUGGUCAAGGAGAUAAGAUCAAUGAUUCUAUCUUCGUACCUUCCGAGGCUGUAGGCAUGAUUAUCGGGAAAGGUGGAGAAACGAUUAAAGACAUGCAAAAUACGACUGGUUGCAAGAUCAACGUUACCCAGUCUUCAGGACCAGGUGAGGUUGAACGUGAAAUUGGUCUUGUAGGUUCCCAACAAGCUAUAGCAGCUGCCAAACGAGCCAUCGAGGACAAAGUUGAGGCUGUAGUAAGUAAAUCAUGCUCUAUUAUCACAACAUUUCUAACAUCAAGUAGCAACAGAAGAAUAAUGGUGGUGGCGGUGGAGGUGGUCAUCGUAACAAUCGUGGACACCAGAAUCAACAGAAUGAUUAUGGAGACCGUGGAUAUUCUCAACAAUCAUACUCCCAGCCACAAGGACAACAAGGACAACAAGGACAACAAGCACCUCCAGUCGGUGCUGAAGACCCUUAUGCAGCUUGUAAGUUUCAAUUCUGGUUAGUUUGGAAUUUCACUGAUUAAUUUAGAUGGUGGAUAUGCCAAUUAUGCCCAACUUUGGUAUCAGGCAUUGGCCGCGCAAGGUCAAAGUGAUACAACCAAACCGCCAGGAACUUCGUAACUUUACGACAGUGAUUAUCAGCCGUAGGAUGACUCCGACAUUUGAUUUUGCAUGAUUCGCAUGACUUGCAUGACAUACGCUGAGACCAUGACUUUCGAUUCAUUUUUCGUCGAUAUAGUAUGCCUGCAUUGCACAUGAUGACGAUGACCGAAAAUAUUCGUACUUUUUCAUUACUGGCCUGACAUUGGUAUACUAUCUUCACUGAGUUGAUUACGCAGCCCAGGAUACUCUAACCUAUGGAUACACGAUAUUAGUAUGCAUUACUAUUUUUACGAUUCUUGAACAUGCUUUUUAUCAAACCAUCCGGAGCAGAAAACUAAAAAGAGAUAAUAUCGAAGAACCAGAUCUUAUCUAUUAGUAGAUGAUGACCACAUGGCGUAUUAUCUACUUUGAUUUGUGCAUUGCAAUUGACCUGACAAUCUACUUCUGCUUGACACCCAUGAUUUGGGCUUUCGGUACUGGAUUUGAUCUGCUUGCAAUAUUGAUAUUCAUGCAUGAACGUCUCUUCAAUGGCUCUUAUUUUCCAUUAAUUCUCUGGUCAGCAUAAUCACGUACUUGUCAAUGGAAUCUCGAUGUUCAAUUUCUUGAUGAGAUGUGAUGCUUACACGGGCAAAAUUGGUUUGGUUGGUGAGCAUGAUUUGGUCUGGACAUAUUUCAACAUGGUGCUGCUUGCAUGCAUGAUUUGAAUGCAACUGAUGAUUUACUUGCUUUGCUGAGUAAUUUUGAAUUUUGGCUUUUGCUUUUGCUAUUGCUUGCUUGCUCGACUAUUUAAUCGAGUUUCUGUUUCGUUUUUCUUACUUCCGCGCGACGAAUGGAUGGAUGGCACUUACCUCGAAGGUAUAGUUGAUUUGGUUUUUAUGUGUUGGAUGGACGGUGGAGAUACUACUAAAAAAAAUCCAUGGACGGAAUGGAGUGGUGGAAUGGAGGAUGGAUGGCUUUGGAAGCUGAUGAAUGUAAGAUAGUAAUAAAAAAAAUUG